GCCUUCGAGGCCAUGAGGGUCUACGAGAAGAGGCAGGAGAGGGAGGGAAAGACUGAGAACCACGCCUUCGCCAAGGAGCUCCUCGCCGGUAUCGCCGGAGCCGAGGUAGACAAGCUCUUUGAGACCAAGGGUCUGGACUACCUUGACCAGGAGAAGGCCAAGCGUCAUGCCCAGCAGGAGGCCGUCUCUCAGUACGAGCAACGAUACGAGUACUAAUGUAGAACGACGAUGGAACAAGAUAUUGCUUCCUAUGAAUGAGAGGUUGUGGCAGGCUACAAUCUGUCACUUUUUCAGACAUUCCGGAUAGCUAGAUAAUGAAAAAUCUAUGACCUAUACAAUUGUGUGACGUGCGCUCCGUCUCCCAAUCCUCUUCCUGAUCUGCGUCCUCGUAGAUCGAGCAGUGUCCCGCAAUCAACCUCGAAAUUCAGACAGCUGUGAGGGUUUGAGCAAAUGUGAACGUCUGACCCUUUUCCAGCUCCUCGAAGCCAUUCGCUUUGCCAGGCUCGAUACAGAUGUACUCCUUCCAUCCUCCCUCGUGCAAGUCCUUCAUCCCCGCUGCUCCCUCUUCUGCAGGAUUCCACACCACCGUCUGUGG